CUUCCUGGAGGGGAAAAAAAAAAGAGAGAGAAGCUGUUCACAGUAUAUUUUUACAAAGUCAUCCUGUUCCACAUGGAAAAGGUAACUACCCUGUGUCUCACCUUUAAGCACAACAGAGAAAUUGUGUGGCCUUAGUAAACAGCUGCCCCAGGUGCAACACAAUGCCCCCUUGAUUUCUGUGCAUUUCCAAUAUCCUAUAAUCAUGUAAUGGAGACAGACGUAGUUCAUCUUUAUCCAAGAAACCCCACAGACACUAAUAGCACAGUUCAUGUGGUUGUUUAACUUCCCAAAUUAGCUCUGCUAAUACUUAUUUUCACCUAAUUUAGAUAAUGUUAUGAGAUCAUUUAAUAAGAGUGCAAUAUAAUUGCUGGAUGUUACUAGUAUAAUUUCUUCAGUAAAUGGUAGAAGGUUGAAAUCGUAGUUACUAUUUCUUAAUCUAAGCAAACUGGCUCCGAAUUUAUGUCACUGCACCAUUUCAAAUAACUGUCAAAUAGAAGAAAAGCUGCAUUUUCAAGCUGUUACCUCUUAUAUUGCUAUUAUGUCUGUGGAAACCAGGUUACUGAUGUAGAUUUUGUUGAGCAUGAUGAAGCUUUAAGAAAAGAAUGUGCUUUCCAGGUCAUCUGGUGCUGUCUUCACUCUGCAUCUGAAGCUAUGCUGUAUAACAAAAGAGAGCAUAGCUGCAUGUGUAUUUCCAGGAUGGUUUUGAGUAGUACUGAUUUCAAAAGGAAAAAGCUAAUGCUCAGGGGCUCAACUGUGGAACAAGCUUUUCCCAUCCUACAAAAAAGGAGAUGGAAAGGUUAUACAUCUGUCUUCAGUGGGGCCUGAAUCAAUGUUAAUGUCACAUGAGAUAGGGAUAGGAAAGUUCCCAGAUGCUGCUCAGGUUCUUGAGGUUUUGCUUUCCAAAAGCUGGUAACAUUUAUUCAUGGUUAAAAACACUUGCACUAGAAAAAAAUGAAGUUCCAACAUUUCUGCUUCACAUUUUAAGUUUAAAUUUUGCUUCCUUGGAAAGGCUGGAGAAUAUUAAGGAAAAAUAAUAACUGUUUAAUGGAGGAUAGAACAAGAAGAGCUGUUGUGUAAUUAAGCCUGAUGAAUUUGUAUUCAUUCCCACUAAUCUAAUUAUUACUUUCUUUGAAUGCUCUGCUGUGAGUCAAAAUAAGCUAGUGCUGGAUUUGAGAACCACAGAAUGAGAAAAUGCUGCAAGGGGGAGCGCUGGAUGGAGUCUACAGGCUGGUGCAGUUUCACAUUCACUGGGGUUCCUGCGAGGGCCAAGGGUCUGAGCACACUGUGGAUGGUGUGAAAUAUGAUGCAGAGCUUCAUAUUGUUCACUGGAAUGUAAAAUACGGAAAAUUUGCUGAAGCUGUGAAACAUCCGGAUGGUUUGGCUGUAGUGGGCAUCUUCAUGAAGGUAGGGAACGCCAAACCUGAAAUACAGAAAGUUGUUGAUGCUCUGAACUCCAUUCAAACCAAGGGCAAGCAAGCUUCUUUCACAAACUUUGACCCUACUGGACUACUUCCUGCAUGUCGAGACUAUUGGACAUACCCUGGCUCCCUGACCACUCCACCACUGCUUGAAUGUGUGAUCUGGCAUGUUCUGAAGGAGCCCAUCACUGUCAGCCCUGAGCAGAUGUGCAAACUCCGUGGCCUUUGCUUCAAUGCUGAGAAUGAGCCCGUGUGCCACAUGGUGGACAACUGGCGCCCAUGUCAGCCCUUGAAGAGCAGAGAAGUCAGAGCUUCCUUCCAGUAACUUCAGCGCUCAGUGUGUUAGGAAUUGCUGUGUUUGUGAGGAACCUUUUUUGCUAAGCACAAAUCAAACCUUUGCCAUGUGUGCCCUGGCAACAUCUUGUCUCCCAGGUCCAUUCUUUCUUUCUCUCUGCAUCUAAAAUGCCAGCUAAUGAAAUAUGAAAGGUUCUUGGCCAAACAGGAAUAGGUUCUUUAUGUGUGGGGCUGUGGGAAGCCUGGGGGUGGACUGUGUGCAUUUUGAUGAGUUACUGUGACUGAAAACUUUGAUAUUACAAUACAUUGGCUGUUUGGGAGAGCAUAUGGUGAUAGAAAAAUAAGCCAUUCUAAGAAACCUCAUCCACAGGUGUGGUAGUACACAUAACUAAUGAUAACUUGAAGCUUUGUCAAAAGCACAGGAAUACAGAACAUAGGUAUGUUUUAGGAAAAAAAAGUAUAUUGAGGAAGAAAAGUAAAAUGAAUAUUGAGAACUAGAUUUAGAUUUUAAGCAACUGACAUGUAAAUAUUUUUAAGACCGUUUUACAUUUUUACCCAUGCUAUCAACAUUAUGUCUUAAUGGUAGUAUGUUGAAUUUUUUAAUUAAAAAUGUCCUAAAUUAAGUAUUAUCUUUAAAAAUUGUUAUUACCAUAGAAUACAAAGUAUCUUUUCAUUGAAAUAAUAUAUGCUCUAAUUUAAAGAGGGAAAUAAUAAUGUAUUUUAGAUAACUUCUCUAAUAAAUCUAUACUUAUAUUUUUGCUUCCAA